AUGAUUCUCUUUUCAGAUGAGGCUACAUUUGUGAAUACUGGUGAGAUGAACAGGCAUAACAUGCACUAUUGGUCUGCUACUAAUCCCCACUGGAUGCGCACCGUAGACCAUCAGAGGCGAUGGUCCCUUAACGUUUGGUGUGGCAUUCUAGGCAAUAAGAUUAUUGGUCCCCACUUUUUUGAGGGAACCCUUAACGGUCCGCGGUAUGCUGAAUUUAUCAGAGAAACUCUCCCUGUCCUAUUGGAUGAGGUUCCUAUUGAAACCCUGAACACCAUGUGGUUUCAGCAAGAUGGCGCACCUCCGCAUUACGCUCAUGCUGCCCGAAACGCGGUGAGUGAGAGAUUUGAAGAGCGAUGGAUAGGUAGAGGUGGGCCGGUAGCGUGGCCUCCUCGAUCACCUGACCUCACUCCUUUGGAUUUUUUUCUGUGGGGAGCCAUAAAAGAUAAGGUUUACCGCACGCCCCCUACAACCCCCGAAGACAUGCGUGAAAGGAUACGCAACGAGUGCAGCUCAAUUGGCGAAGAUGUUUUAAUCAGAGUACGGAGAGCUCAUGUUCAACGACUCACAAAGUGCAUUGAGGCAGAAGGGCGGCACUUCGAACAUUUGAUUUGA